AGAUUGUCUUCCCAAAAUACACCGCUUCCUUCGCCCCCUGAAUGUUUAUACUUGGAAAGUUCAUAGGGAAAAUUUUGUGAAAAAUAUUGAAAUUUUACAUUAUAGAUUGGCAAAAAGAAAUAUUGGUGACCAAGUAAAACUUCUCUUGGCUUAGGUGAAAAAAUGUCAAACUAUAUGCAACAAAGUGGUCACAUGCAAUACAACCAGCACAUGAGCAAGGAUGAGCAAAAUGCAUUGUGGUAUGGCCAGCAACACAGAGCAUACAUUGAUUCUGGUAUCAAUAGCGAGCACAACACCGCACCACCUUCAGUUAUGGGUGAUGAAGAUAAUCUUAUCUCAGAGCUUGAUCAAGAGUUUGGAAAUCAGGGUGAUAUGAAUGAGCAGUUCACUCGCUCCAGAAGUUUGAGGAUUCGUCAAGCUAUGUUCCCAGAGUUUCCCAUGGAUGAUGGAUCAAAUGUACCCAUUCCACAAAUGGAUCCCUCAGUGAACACAGCUGUACAACGUCUUUCUCAACCUUCCCAGAAUCUUAAAAAUGCAGUAUCUGAUCUUAUUAACUAUCAGGAUGAUGCUGAUGUAGCUACCAGGGCCAUUCCUGAACUAACUCGAUUAUUAAAUGAUAAUGAUCAGUUAGUUGUUGGGCAAGCUGUCUCAAUGGUCCAUGCUCUGUCAAAAAAAGAUGCUAGUCGCUAUGCUCUUGGAAGCUCUGGCCCUCUUAUGGUAUCUUUGGUUAGAGUAAUGGAUGCAUCUGGAGACGUUGAAACAGUGAGAGGUAUUGCUGGCACACUUCAUGGCUUGUCAAGCACAAGGCAAGGGUUGCUGUCGAUCUUCAGAUCCGGUGGCAUUCCAGUGCUUGUUAAACUUCUUAGCUCAUCCAUUGAAUCUGUUGUAUUUUAUGCCAUCACCACUUUGCACAACUUAUUAUUGCACCAGGAAGGGGCAAAAAUGGCUGUUCGUCUUGCUGGUGGAUUACAAAAAAUGGUGGCUUUAUUGCCUCGAUCAAAUGUGAAGUUUUUGGCCAUUGUGGCAGAUUGUCUUCAUGUGUUGGCUUAUGGAAAUCAAGAGAGUAAGCUCAUUAUUUUGGCUUCUGGUGGGCCUGCCGAACUUGUCAGGAUCAUGCGCAGUUACAGUUAUGAAAAACUUUUAUUCACAACUAGUAGAGUUCUAAAAGUAUUGUCAGUCUGCUCCAGCAACAAACCUGCAAUAGUUGAGGCAAAUGGCAUGCAAGUACUUGCCCAGCAUCUUGGAUCGCAGAGCAACCGUUUAGUUCAGAACUGCUUGUGGACUUUACGUAAUAUGUCUGAUGCUGCAACUCGUGUUGAUGGUUUAGAUAACCUUUUGCAAAUGUUGAUCCAGUUGCUGUCAUCAAAUGAUGUGAUGGUUGUAACUUGUGCUGCAGGUGUUUUAUCCAAUUUGACCUGUAACAACCCAAGAAAUAAACAAAUAGUAUUUCGAGUUGGUGGUGUUGAAGCCUUAGUUAGAACCUGCAUUCAGGCUGGAGAGCGAGAGGAAAUCACUGAACCUGUAGUGUGUGCUUUACGUCACAUUACAAGUCGUCACCAGGACGCUGAAGAAGCACAGAACGCGGUCCGUGUUCAUUAUGGCUUACCAGCUCUAAUCAAACUUUUGAACCCUCCAUCUCGUUGGCCUCUGAUCAAAGCCGUGGUAGGUUUGAUUCGCAAUCUUGCGCUAUGCCAUGCGAACCACUCUGCAAUCCGCGAAAACGGUGGCAUUCCACGUAUGGUUCAGCUCCUUAUGAAAGCCAAUCAAGAUCUACGUAGAGCAUCUGGUCAACCGUUUGUUGUAGAUGGUAUAAGAAUGGAGGAUAUCAUUGAAGGUACUGUGGGUGCACUUCAUAUUUUGGCCAGAGAAGCGAAUAAUCGCGCCGUGAUUCGAAGUUUGAACGUCAUUCCAUUAUUUGUACAAUUUCUUCAGUUCCAUGUUGAGAACAUACAACGCGUGGCAGCUGGUGUUCUCUGUGAGUUAUCUCAAGAAAAAGAAGGUGCCGAGCUCAUUGAAGCUGAAAACGCAACAGGUCCGCUUACUGACUUACUCCGUUCGUCAAACGAAGGAAUUGCGGCAUAUGUUGCUGCUGUUCUUUUCCGUUUGUCGGAAGAUAAAGACCAAGAUUACCGAAAACGUCUCUCCGUUGAACUCAGUUCUCUAUUUAAAGACGACAUACAAAUGAAUGAGCAUCAGAUGAUGGCCGAUCAUCACCAUCCUAUUGAUAAUGGUUACCCACCAAAUCCUUACAUGCAGCAACAAGGUAUGCCAAUGCAAUAUCCUGGUAACUACCCCGGUCAGUAUUCUGGUUAUCAACAGCAACCGUAUGGUCAACCACCACAACAGUACAUGCACCAUGAUCCUAACUACAACAUGGGCGGUCAUUCACAGUCUGGUCAACAAUGGAUGGAUUCCGAUUUGUAAUGGAAAUAUUCCACUUAUCUGGAACUCUUUCUCUUUAGUUAAUACUAUCUUGGCUAUUGUUUUGAAUAUACACACAAAUUCUUAGGCUUCAGUAUUGCUUUUACAUUUUAAACUGUUUGUUUGAGCAAAUUGCUCGUUGUGCCAUAUAGCGUUCGUGAAGAUUUUCUACCCAAGAAAAUCAUCGUCAAUAUUUCAUAACAUUUUCUUGAAGGUCUUUUUCAGAAUCAUGUAAACACCAUCUUUAAGAAAAGCACCGAUCUUUUAACUCAAGAACUCAUAAAUACGUUUGUUAAGUGGAAUGUCCCCCCCCCCUUCCCCUACCAAAUAAAAUUGUAUGUUUUGUAUUUGCGAUACGCGGUGUUACAAGUUUACAUGAUGAUGAUGUAUUCAUUUAGCAUUUUUAGUUGUUAGUUUGGCCUUGUCCUUUUUGUCACUCUUUGAUGAAAAACGUUCUUUUUCAGCUUGAGUUUUCUCCAACUUGUUGGCUAUAUAUGGUAUCAUUUGUUAUAAAUUGUGUACAGCAAAUGAUCAACUCUAAUACGUAAAGAUUAUAGCAAUAGAAUAUUUUAACUUUCAAGUUUUCUUCAUCUAUCAUUAGCUUAGAUCAAUUUAAUUAUAUAUUGAAUUUUGUAAUCCUUACAAGAAAUUACUUAGAAAUUACUUGUAUUAAACAUUUUAUUAACGCAA